AUGAGCUCGCCGAAACGACGCAUCGAGACGGACAUGAUGAAGCUCCUCAUGAGCGACUACGAGGUCAACCUCAUCAACGACAACAUGCAGGAGUUUUACGUCAAGUUCAAGGGUCCCGAGGAGACCCCCUUCGCCGGCGGCGUCUGGAAGAUCCACGUCGAGCUGCCAGACGGCUACCCGUACAAGUCGCCCUCAAUCGGCUUCCAGAACAAGAUCUUUCACCCCAACAUCGACGAGCUCUCCGGCUCGGUCUGCCUUGACGUCAUCAACCAGACCUGGUCGCCCAUGUUCGACAUGAUCAACAUCUUCGAGGUCUUCCUUCCGCAGCUCUUGCGGUACCCGAACGCGGCGGACCCGCUGAAUGGAGAAGCUGCGGCGCUGUUGAUGCGGGAUCAGAAGGCGUACGAUGCGAAAGUCAAGGAGUACGUCCAGAAGUACGCGAGCAGCGGGGCCGCAGACGGCGACGGCGAUGACGAUUCGGACGACAGCGAUUCAGAUGAGGAUGACGAUAACAACAACUACAGCGCAGGCGAGGACGACGAGGUCGCGAAUAUGGAGGUUUAG